AUGUCUGAUCAUGACGCUACGUGUGUGGAAAGUGAGGAAACCCAGGACAAAGAGCGUGGCGAAACAGUCGAGGAGUAUAUUGACAAUGUGACUGAGAGUGGAGAAUGCUCAUCUGUGCCUAAUGAAGCUAGUGCCAAUAAUGAUGAAUCUCUAGUUAAAGAGAGAGUCAAUAGUGGGGUCGAUGAAAAGAAGGAUGUAUAUGGUAAUAGUCCAAAAGGAUCUAUACUAUGGACGGAAGAAGAUUCGCAGUUACGUGUAUCGUGGAACUUGGUGGAAGGGACUGCUACACCCAAAGACUACGUGGCAUUAUGUUACACAGAGACUGCGAGCAUCGCCGGUAUCGCCAGGCUCGUGCCGGCGACCGGAUGCGACACUGGCCAUAUAAUGUGGCUGCUUGAUGAGCCCAAUCAGCCUUAUGAAGACUGUGAACAGCUCUUGUGCUUUCGCUACUACAAUGGCGAAGAAGACGAAUGCGUGGCGGAGUCGUCCUCUCUGCCGUCACGAUUUAAAGUUGACCUCAAAAAGCUGCCGUUACGUCUUAAAGAAGGUAUUUCAAGGAAGAGAAGUGGUGACCAGGUUUCGCCUUUCUCUUACAAUAAUGAGAGCUUUGAAAUGAAUUCUGAGAAUAUGCCCCGAAUGGAACUCGUCAGCACAAGUCAGGACAUCAAGCAUCUUAGUGAAAACGUCAAUAAAUGCUCAAUUAACGCUUUAGAUAGUAGCGGGACUGCGAAUCUCGAACAAAUUAAAUGUGAUCCUAGUAAAUCUCUAGUUAAUAAUAGUAUUGAAUCUCAAAUUGUAAAUAGUGAAUCUCGAAGUGCUCCGAAUUGUAAGCCAACCUCUUCAGGCGUAAAAAAGAAAUGCCCACCCCCUGUUGAUACAGGAGGCGCACAAGCAUUAAACGGUGUUAAGAAAAAAACUAAUACGAAUAUCGGCUUUGAAUCGCCUACAUCACCAGAUACGGAGUACUACAAGAUAUGGUCACCCCAGAAUCCUUGCAAAAUUAUGAAGUUUGUAUACGACGUCGAAGGUGCAAAUGUGCCAAAUGAUGCUCAAAAAUCUCCAGUGCCGCCCUUACCGCCUAGACAAUCACACAAACCUUUAGAAAGAAUGCACGCUUUACCUCCUAUUGUUCAAAGGCAUCGGAAACCUAAAAAAUUAACUAAACCUGAAGAUGCUUUUACAUUUGAGCUAAUUGAUACGGAUGAACAAUUUUUUACUGACAAUAAUAUUGCCAACUCUGCAGCUUUACAAGGAGAUAUUAAUGAUUUUAAGCCGGGAGAAUUUUAUAACGGUGCUCAUGUACCGAUGUCCUCGACGGCAAGCUUUUUGAGGGAAUGUCAAAACGUCGCGCCUUUGGCGACACCUGAGACUGAUGGCAGCUUAUGUGAAUCAACAGUUUCUAUGAAAGUAUCUAGGUUAGUCGAUGAUAAGAAAACAAGUGAUGUACCUGAUAGUGCGCAAAGCGCAAAUAUGAAUACUAUAAUGUUUAUAAAAGAUAUAGGUCCAGACAAUUAUAUUACGACCACGUUUGCUAGGAAAGACAAAAAUGUUGACAGCUGUCAUUCUACGCCAAACCAUGCAAAAUCUGAAGAAAAACAACAGCAUACAUUUCUUAAUGAUAUAAGUAAUCAUCAAGAUUUUGAAGAUGAUAAUAGAAAUCAAAUUGAGGAAAAAGAAAUAAUCUUGAAAGGUCAUAAACCUCUUACGCGGCAAAGCUCAGGUCGCGCUACUCCAACGAUGAUGACAGCGUUUUUAAAUUCUUCGCAUAUCGAUGGGCCAAGUCAAGAAAGACGUGAUGGUAAUAUUAGCCCUGAAGCUCCAAGUUCCUGUAACUCGUCACAUUCUACUUCACCUGUAGAAGAAUCGAAUAAGAUACCAAGUGUUGGAACCAUGAUAAUGAAUCGAAAAUAUUCUUGCGAUAGUUCUACACCAAGGCAUUCGAGUUUGCCUCGGCAUUUAUUAAAAAACCUAGGAUGUGAAGGAACUCCUAAACAUUCACCCCAUAAAGCGAAUACAUCUAAGGAUACUCCGGAUAGUCCUAUGAGACCACAUCCAAGGGCAUUGACACGAGUGGCUGCUUUAGCUGCCUCGGGUGUGCCUCAAUGCCCACCAACACCUACUCACCAUGCAAGAAGGCCACGACCCUUGCCACCUCCUGACCUACAUCCUCCACCCAUACAAAACUCGGAAACCAGACACGUAAACUUUGAAAUGGUUGAAUUUACUAAUGAACUGAGAACAUCGGAGAUUAGAUCUCCGAACUUAGAAUUUGUGAAUAGCAAUCACUUCACGAUAGUCCACGCUGGACCACCGGAAGAUGUUGUGUUACGAAGGCCACCUAUAGAUGAUAAUGAUGAUAAUGAUAAUGCUGUGGCUUCACCAACGCCUUUGAGACAUAUGGCUGGGAUUAGAUUACCAUCGAUCCCAGAAAGAGCUUCGCGGCAGAUGGCUUUGACUGGAGAUUUCCCGGCCAAUAUGAUUGGUGGAAUAAUCGAAUGUGAAGAGCCUUUGCCUCCUGGCUGGGAGGCACGUAUGGACAGCCAUGGUCGCGUGUUCUAUAUAGACCACAUCAAUCGAACGACGACGUGGCAGCGGCCCGCCGCCAAUGGAAGCGCUCCGAGAUCGCCCGCGCCUGAAGUACAAAGGAGGCAGUUAGAUCGAAGAUACCAAUCAAUACGUCGCACAAUGACUCGAACCCAGCUAGGCGAAGAGGAGCGUGGGGCCAGUUCGUCUCCCCCGCCCGCGGCCAGCACGUCCCGGCCUGAGACCCAAGUGCCCCACGCCCCCCACCCGGCGGCCGAGUUCCUAGCGAGACCGGACUUCUACUCUAUACUGCAUAUGAAUUUGGAAGCGUCAUCUCUUUACAAUUGCAAUUCAACCCUCAAACAUAUGAUUUCAAAAAUCCGGCGAGACACCUCGUCCUUCGAACGGUACCAACACAAUCGGGAUCUCGUCGCGCUAGUUAACAUGUUCAGUGAGACGGACAGAGAACUGCCCUUGGGAUGGGAUUCGAAGCUGGAUAGAAACGGAAAGCGCUUCUUCGUGGACCACGUCAUGCGGCGCACCACGUUCAUCGACCCGCGGCUGCCGCGCGCGCCGCAGGCGGGGCCCUUCUCGCCCCUCCUGCCGCCGCGGCGACGGCCGAUAAUGCCUGACCAGGCGCCAACACCUCCGCCACGGCCACCAGUUACGAAUUCAGAUUUUUACCCGCAUCAUAACCAGCAAGAAAUUCCUAUUGCAUAUAACGAUAAGGUGGUGGCAUUCCUCAGACAACCAAACAUCCUGUCCAUACUAAAGGAACGUUGCGGCGGUUGCGGCACGUCCCUCCGCGACAAAGUGAACGCGGUGCGCGUGGAGGGCGCGCCCGCACUCGCACGCUACCAGAAUGACGUGCAACUCACGUGUUUACUUAGGAUCAUAUGCUCCCCCUCCCCUACUCCCUCCUCCCCCCCCCUUGUCGUGGUGCUGGGCUCAUUAGCGUCUGGCAACCCAGCCGGGCAUGAAACCAAAAGACAACGCUGGUGGCCCACUUCGGUGGAUCCUGGUCAUGUUUAUAUG